GCAAACAACAGUAAUCUGUCACCUCUCGCACGCCCGAAAAUGACGCCGAGGCGAAAUGUCGCGCGCCGCCGCGUGCGCGCGUAGCCCCAGGGUGUGGAGCGUUGUCGCUGUCAACGAAAUCGAGGCGUGGAAACUCAGCCCGUCGUCGUUGUCAUUGUUGUCAUCGCGUGGACCGAUCCCGCGCGACACAGGAUAUUCACGCACUCGCAGCAGCGCAUCGUCCGUUGUUUACCUUUCGUUGGCGACCCUCGCGUCAUCGGCGACCCUUAUCAUGUUACGCGCUGACACGAACGAUGCUCCAAUUUUUUAAGAAGAUUGGACACAAGGAUAAGUCCGGAUUACCAGAAACCUCGCCUACAAAAUCAACGAGCUCGGGAAGCUUUCUGGCAGAUGCAUUCAAUGGUGGUGCGUCGUCCAUUCAGACACCCUCGGGUGUAUUAUGCAACCUUGAGGAGGAAGAGGAGGAGGAAAUUCUUAGUAAUGACAUCGAGGAGACAUGUGUCUUCAGCUCUCGGUUGUCCAAGGCUCUCCCAGAGGUGCUUAAGGACAAGAGUGCCCUUGGUUAUUUCAUCCAAUUUAUGGACAUCAGAAAACACGUAGCCCUCAUUAAGUUCUGGUUGGAGAUGGAGUGUCUGUGUAGUGCAUCUGGGAUACUUGAUGCACAGAAAUUCAUACAGUCAAAUCAAAAGGAGAUGCUGGAUGCCUUGCCUGCUUCCUUAGAUGAUAACGAGAAUUUUAGCUGCGAUGUGCUUGCUAACAACGAUGUAGAUACUCAGAUGAGCAGCAACGAAGUACUGUUCGAUGAGAGAGCGGGCGACACGACGUCCAACGGUAUGCCAAAGACUAGUCAGGCAGUAAGCGAGACGCGACAAUCAAACCACGAUUGCGAAGUUAGUAGACAAAGCGACGUGAUGACGACGACCAGGCAAGAUGCAUUGAGAAUUUAUAGGAAAUAUAUUCUCAAGGAAGGCCUGGGUAUAAAUCAAAUAUCCGAGGAGUUAAAGUUAGAUAUGGAGAAGGCCAUUGUCCAAGAAAACGUUGAGCCUAUAUUACGGUGCCUAUCUGCUGUUCAAAGCAUAGUGUACAAUAUAUUAGAGAACGAGUAUAUUAACGAUUUUUUACGAAGCGAAUUUCACUGUAAGCAUCAAAUUGAUGUGCUCACCAGUGGCAAUGUACAAUUGACAGAUAUAUUGUAUAAUGAGACAGCAUUCUUUUACUUCAUGGAGUUUAUGGAGCUCGAAAAUAAACGAGAGUUGUUAGACUUUUGGAUGUCAGCUAUAAGUUACAAGCAGAAUCUCUUAGAGAAAAAGGGAGCGGCCAACCCGGAAGAAGCACAAUCUGAUGCCGUUAUUAUAUAUGAGAAGUAUUUCAGUUUACAAGCGACUAUGCCUCUUGGGUUUAGUGACAAGAUUCGUUUUCAUGUGGAACAAAAUAUUUGCCGCGAGGACGAGGGUGGCCCGCAGCCCGAUUGUUUCGACAAACCCAGUAAAAUUGUAUAUAAUUUUCUCAACAAGCAUUAUCUUCCGGCGUUCUUAUCAUCACAGCUGUAUUAUAAAUACUUAUCGGAGCUAAUCAGCACGAUACAGACCAGUCCGUGUCCAAGUUUACAUUCCAAGAUAAGAAGGACAGGUUCAGAUUGCAGCAGCGAAGUAAGCUCUGUGUGUACUAGUAUGCCAAGUAUUUCUCAAAUAGGAAAUAAUGGCAACAGAAUACCCGAUAAAAAAACUAUUAACAGUCACCUAAAUAUCGACACUAGGCAACUUUACGAUCCAGAUUCUUUGUGGCGACGUAAUAAAUAUAGUUUAAGCAUUGGCUACGUUGACAACUUAGGUAGAUUUAUUACUGAAAUAGAACCAGAUCCUCAUAGAAAAUAUGAAUCUCGUCUAACUCGUGUUGUAAAACGAUUUGUAAAUAUAGAACAAGAUAAGGCUAAAGAAGAGUUAGCAUGGAGAAUUGCCGAGAUGAUUAUUCGUGAAAUCACAUCUUUAACGCUUGGAGCUUCAAAUCAUCCUUCUUGAUGGUGCAAACCUAACAUGACGAUUCUGAGGCUUAAGUUUAAAAUAAUCUGUGUAUUUGUGUAAGUGCUUUGUCUUUUUAUUUACGUUAGCGUUGCAAUGCUGCAAGCUUUGCCAAAGUGCCAAACGAAAAAUUUUAAUUUAUUUUAUAUGAUAACUUAAGAAAGCAAGUAUCAUAAUCAGGAGAAAAAACUUUUUUUUGUAUAUUCCGGUGUUUUACAUUUUUAUAUUUUGGCAUAAUAAUGAGAGACUUGAAUUUACCAAUCACAAUAAUUCAAUUCGAAUUUAUAAUUAAAGUAAAUAACUUCAUUAGAAAUUGAUCUAUAUAUUAGUAUUUUUACAAUUCAUUGCAUAAAAAGUAAUUUAUAAAGAUCUUAUAAGCAGCAAUCUGUAAUUUUUUUGUAACUAUUAAAAGAUCUUCCUAUUUUAUUAAUUUAUUAUAAAAUACUCAAUGAGCAGAGAACAAUAAUUUAAUGAAUACGCAAUUCCUUCAUCAGCCAUCAUUAAUUGUGACACUAGAAGCAAGAAAAUCAAUGCAAAUGAUUCUCUUAUCAUUUACAUGAAUGAUAAUUAAGUUUAAAUUCAUGAAAAAAAUACUCAUUUAAUAUGCUAAAAAAGACUUAUGUGUCAAAAUUUAUUCUACGAUAUUUCAAAUAUCUAUUUUUCUAUUCUGUCUCAAAUCUUGGUAGUCGUUUUUAAUUGUUUUUAUAUAUUUAAUAUUAUGUUUUCACACACGAAAACUUAGUUAAUAUCGUUCGCAUUAUUUUUCUUCGCUUCUGAUAAGAUGACUAAUGCAGAUAUUGACGAAUUCUUAAAAUAUAAGAUUUUGUACUUUUUUCAUUGCCAAUUUAUACGAUGAUACAGUUGAUGUUAAAAUAGAUAAUGAGAUAUAUGUACAUACGAUGAUGCAUGUGUGAUCGCCGUUGAUCGUGAUAUUAUGAUAUAGAGAAAGAUAUAUUUUAACAGUAUUUAGAGUGUAUAAUACGUAAUGUCUAAGUACAGAAUGUUAUUAAUAACGAAACCCCUAUUAUACAUGUAUGCCCUACUUCUAUUUUGUUAUAUAUCUUUUUAUUUAUGAGAUUAUUAUACAACGCAUACUUGUAAAAACGAAUAUUUAUUCUCUUUUAAAAAGGCA